UAUGAAAGUUGAACAACCCAGACGUUAAAUUUGACCCAACAAUUCUUUCUCCAUGGAUGCCGGGUUGUAUUAGCUGGGGAGACUGAUGAAUCUCUUCUGUCCCACCCCCAAGAGCGGCAGCUAGGAUUCCAUUGAGCUGUCAGCCCCGUUCGUGCGGAUACAAAUUUUUGCUGAUAAAUCCGUAUUUCUCAGUUGCCGCGCGCAGAAACUGACAUUCGCUUGUUGAAUCGUCACUGCCGCAGUUAAAUACUAUCAUGCAGUAAAAGAGAAAGAGAACUGCUCUCUAUAUUGUCUAUCCUCUGGCGUACAUAUCAUAUAGCAGCACGUCAUUGCCAUGGCCGCCACUCUCGAGGAAGCGAUGGAGAGGGUGAGUCUCCAAGGUUCAAAUGGACGAGCCAGGAGAAAGAAGGGCGAGCCGUCCCCUCCGUUUCGUUUCUUUGACCUGCCCUCGGAAAUCCGCUUGAGAAUCUAUCAUCUGGUCCUCUUUACGCCCCGGAACAGGACCGUUUCAAGGCGGUCCACCCGCUGGUUCCCAACGCGAUCAAACGGCAAUGUGGGAUCUUCUGCGAGGGGCAAGGCCGUCGCGCCAGCUUCUCAGCGCAUUUCUCUUUUCCUUACUUCGCGCCGCAUGCACGACGAAGCGGCUCAUUAUUUCUAUUCAGUGCAGACCUUUCGUAUAUUUCCCGUCCAGGAUUACAACCGGAUGCCGACAAUAAGGGCUCUGUCACCACGGUACCGCGCCAUGAUCAGUACAGUAGAAUUGAUACUCGGCUCCAGCUGGACUGCGCCACCGAAAUCAUGGGCCGUAAACAAAGGCUUGGGUUUGCAGGACAUGGUCACUAUGCGGAUGCUCAAGGUGUUCAUACAAUGUGAUCCUUCGCAUCCCGCCUUUGAAGGCUUCCGGAUCUCGCGCGAUUACUACACGAACUUCGCAGGGAACUUGCUACGGCAGAUCCUUCAGAGCUUGCCAAGCGUCUCCGAGGUCGAAUUCGAUGGUUGGCCGUCUGUGGACAAGCAUGGACCGUUGAUGAACAGACUGUUGCUGGAGGUGAGGUUAGAACGGAAGAAAAUCCAUUGGGGUCCCGAGAGGGGCUGGUCAGACUUCGAUGACGGUUAUGAAGAUGAAGAGGAGGAAGCUUCCGCCAGUGAUCUAGACCCAGAUCACUUGAUGCGUGGUAUGCACAGCGGUCGUUUGGUGGAGACGUGAUGAUAGUCGUCUACGUGCUGCACGUUACGAAUCAUGACAAAGAGUUCGUCUUAAAGCAUAUUUAUUGGUGUUUAUGCAUCGGAUAUAUUACAAACAAUACAGGUGGGUUUGUACAGUAGUUAUCUUAGCGAAGUGGUGUAUAGUUAGAGCCUUAGUUUUAUAUAGCACAUUUGGCUACUUUUGUGUAUCAGCUCGUUUUACGACGUAGAACUACUGAGGGAACCAUCACUAGGAACCACAUUUGCAACAAGAUCAGAAACUACAACCUAUGGAUGCACUUCAUAGGUAGCUGGGUUGGAUUUUACGAGUCGG